AUGUCGUCCAAGACCGCUCAAGCGCGCCUCUCGCAAGUCGAGGGCUCGUUCAAGCCGUCAUCAGAAUCGAUAUACUCGACCGAGCCGUCGGCGGACCACGCGCCAUAUCCUUAUCCUGUGCCAAACUCGCUGACGCCGUACUGGCGAACGGAGCUCCACCCGCUGGACAGUGCGCGCACCACGCCCGAUCUACCCGCCGAGACGGACAUCCUCAUCAUCGGUGCCGGCUACUCGGGCGCGUCGACGGCGUAUCACUUGCUGAAGGACAACCCCAACCCGCCGCGGAUCACGAUACUAGAGGCGCGUGAGGCGUGCUCGGGCGCAACAGGGAGAAACGGCGGGCACCUCAAGCCGGACGUGUACUUCCAGGUGCCCAAGUACACGGCGCUGUUCGGGGCCGAGGCGGCCGACGAGCUGGCGGCGUUCGAGGCGUCGCAGGUGCUGGCGGUCAAGGAGCUCGUGGAGCGCGAGGGCAUCGACUGCGACUUCGCGCUGACGCGGGCCGUCGACGUCUGCCUCGACGCCGACCACGCCGCCAAGUGCAAGAGCGAGUUCGCCGAGCUGCAGGCCCAGGGCCGGCCGUCGGUGCGCGACGUCUUCUUUUCCGAGGGCGCCACGGCCGAGAUCAUCUCCGGGGUCAAGGGCGCCAAGUGCGCCUUCACCUUCACCGCGGGCCAUGUCUGGCCGUACAAGCUGGUCAUGCACCUCCUGGCCAUGGGCGUCGCGCGCGGCGUCAACCUGCAGACGCACACGCCCGUCACCAGCGUGAGCGAGGCGCGCGACUCGUCGGGGUGGUGGAGCGUCAACACCCCGCGCGGACAGGUGCGCGCCAAGCAGCUCGUCUACUGCACCAACGCCUACACCGCCGGCGUCGCGCCGCAGUACCGCGACAAGAUCAUCCCCGUCAAGGGCAUCUGCAGCAGGCUCAAAGUGCCCCCGGGCGCCGCCUGCCCGCAUCUGCCAAACACUUACAGCCUGCGCUACGCCCCGGGCAUCUACGACUACCAGAUCACCCGCACCGACGGCAGCAUCGUCAUCGGCGGCGCCAAGCAGUGGUUCUGGCACGACCGCAGCCACUGGUACGGCGUCACCGACGACGCCUCGCUGAUCGAGCCUGCGAAGCAGCAUUUCCCGGGCUUCAUGCAGCGCAACUACCGCGGCUGGGAGAAUAGCGGCGCCGAGCUCGACUCUCUCUGGACCGGCAUCAUGGGCUACACCGCCGACAUGAUGCCACACAUUGGCGAGGUUCCGUCGAAGCCUGGCCAGUUCGUAAUGGCCGGCUUCAACGGCCACGGCAUGCCGCUAAUCUUCCUGUCGUCCAAGGGUCUCGCCAAGAUGCUCUUGGACGGCGUGCCGUUCGAGCAGACGGGCAUCCCCCGGCUAUUCAAGACGACGGCCGAGCGCGUGGCGAGCAAUGAGAACUUGAUCUUGAAUAGCAAGCCGCAAUAG